AUGGCCCCAGUCCAAUCGGGCCAUGCGCCCAACCUGAGAAAGUUCCUGGACUCGCUCAAGGGCCAGUCGCUCGAUGCCUCCGUGGAGAGUCUAGUAUCGCGAGCCCACAGCCUCCUCAAGAGGAGACAGAUCAAGGGCCCCGAGCCCUGCGCGAUCGCCACCGCCCACAUCCUGCUCCAGGUCGUCGCAAAGACCAAGUGGAACGACGUCGACCACCUCCUCGACCGCAUACAGCAGGUCGGCCACAAGCUCGUCGAGGCGCAGCCGCAGGAGCUCGUCAUCGGCAACAUCAUCAGGAGGAUACUGGGCCUGAUUAGGGAUGAGGCCGCCGAGGACCGCCACGGCGACGGCGACGGCGACGACGCCGAGUCGCUGCCCGAGAGCAGCGCGGCGGCGACGGCGACAACUACAACUGCGGCGACGCACGAGCCGGAGAGCAGGAGCGCGCUGCAGUCGCGGGCGCUGUCGAGGGUGCCCACGCUGUCGAGCCUGAGCUCCAUGGCCAUCCCGCAGUCCAUGUUCAACCUGCUGUCGGCCGACCCGCUCGUCGACUCGAGCCCCGGCAGCUCGCCCUACGGCCACGGGUCCGGCACCUCGACGCCCAUGCUGCGCGUCGCCCAGCCGACCAACCUGCACGGCCUCAAGUCGGAGAUCAUCAGCGGCAUCGACGAGAUCUUUGACGAGAUCCAGCAGGUCGACGACCAGAUCGCCGCCGUGGCCGACACGCAGAUCUACCCGGGCGACUUCGUCAUGGUCUACCGGCCCUCGGCCACGGUCGAGCGGUUCCUGGUCAAGGCCGCCGCCAAGCGCAAGUUCACGGUGCUCAUCGUCGGCGAGACGGCGACAGCGACCGCCACCGCCACCGCCACCGCCACGCCCGGCGGGCAGCAGGAGGCGCCGUACGCGGCCCUGCGCAAGAAGCUCAAGUCGCUCAAGGUCACGGCCAUCAACGUCACGAGCAGCGGGGCCAUGGCCUACAUCGGAAGGACCAACAAGGUCAUCCUCGACGCGAGGGCGGUCGUCGCCAACGGCGGGGUCAUCGUGGACGGCGGCGCGGGCCUCGUGGCGCGGGCGGCCGCCGGGUACAGCAAGGCCGUCAUCGUCCUGGGCGGCGUGUACCGGGUCUCGCCCGAGGAGCCCUCCGACUUUGGCCCGCUGGUGGAAUGGGGCAACCCGGCCGGCCACAUCGGGUUCACCGACGGGCCCAUGGUCAGCGGGGUGGACGUGGGGAUCGCCGAGACCGAGUACAUGAGCCCGGACCUGAUUGACAUCUACAUUACCAAUCUUGGCGCGCAUUCGAGGAAUCAUCUGCACAGCAUUAUCACGGAUCACUACAAGAAGGAAGACAUGGAGCUCUACGGUUCCUAUUGA